AUGGGCGAUAGUGAGAAGGAUGGUGAUAAAGAAGCGAUUAAUAGUUACUGCUGGAUUUACGGAACCUACACAUUAAAAAGUAAACUAAUCGGUGCGGAGGGAAAACAUAAUGUAUAUGUAGGGGUGGGACCACAAAGCAUUAAUGAUGAGCAUAUAAAACAUACAUAUUAUCAGUGGGUGUGCUUUGUGCUUCUGGGUCAAGCUGCCAUGUUUUAUACUCCUCGAUAUCUCUGGAAGAUAUGGGAAGGUGGUAGACUGAAGGCAUUAGCAUCUGAUUUAGCUAGUCCUAUGGUCUCUAAAGAUUGGUCAGAAUACAGACGAGGAGAACUGGUAUCUUACCUGAACUACACUAACUUGUACACUCACAAUAUGUAUGCACUGCGCUAUGCAUUUUGUGAGCUACUUAAUUUAGUUAAUGUGGUGGGCCAAAUAUUUGUUCUUGACCUAUUCCUGGGAGGGGCUUUUCGUAACUAUGGUGCAGCUGUAGCAGCAUUUACUCAUACUCCUAGAGUUCCAUCAGACUUUUUGGAUUUUGCUUCUGUAAACCCUAUGGAUCAAUACUUCCCCAAACUUACUAAGUGUUGGUUUAGAAACUAUGGUCCUUCAGGCUCGAUACAACUCAAGGAUAGGCUUUGUGUAUUGCCAUUAAAUAUAGUUAAUGAAAAAAUAUUUGUUAUCCUUUGGUUUUGGCUAAUAUUUCUUGCCUUUGUUUCAACAAUUGCAGUGUGCUUUAGAUUUUUACUGUUUUCAAUACGUCCUCUCCGCACUUUUAUGAUUAUGGGUCAGCUCCGGUUUGUUAAGAGACGUGUUGUUUCUAGGAUAACUAAGCAUUUUGGAUUUGGUGAUUGGUUCAUCCUGUACUUGUUAGGUAAAAACAUGAACCCAAUUAUUUAUAAGGAUCUUAUAAUUGAACUUUCUAAAGAAAUAGGAGACAUACCUACUAUGGUU